AUGGGACUGCACACAGUGCUCUUUCGAGCACGGACGCUAACUAAAAUCAAAAUAAAUACGUCUCCAUUUUGUGUUUUGAGCAGCGAGACAUACAGAGUGAUUCAUGACAGGAAUCAACGUCGCUUUACUGUGAGACUGGACAACGGAGGUAACGUGCAAAACGCGGUACUGGAGUAUUCACAUGGGACUGACGGGCACGUGCGUUUGUUAUCAACAGAAGUACCUGAGUCUUUCAGAGGUAAAGGGGUAGCUGCGAGUCUGGCCAAGGCUGCACUGGACUUUGUGGUUGAAGAAAAAUUAAAAGCAAGCAUAUCUUGUUGGUAUAUUAAGAAAUAUGUUGAAGAAAAUCCUCAACAUGGCUACCAGGUGCAUAUUGAAGAGUAA